AUGAACCGUCUUCUUCUACUUCUUAAAAUGAUUGUUAUUUUAUUUAAAGUUGCAGCUGAAUCUAAGCCUUCCACAGUAACUGAACAACCAUUUACAAUAUACACUCUUGACCACAAUCCACGCAUAUUGAGAUAUCGUCGAUUACCGCAUGUAUACAUUCGUCAUCGGCAUUCUUUUAACCCUACAUGA